AAAAUGGAUAGAGGAGAAGAGAGAGGAGUGAGUCAGGAGCAAGAGAGGGAGGAAAGAGAGGGAGGAGGUAGAGGAAGGGAAGAGAUAACAGGAAGGAGGAGAGAUGGAAGGAAAGAAGGAUAGGAAUGAGAGAAGGGAGAGAGAAGAAACGACAAACAGAUAGAGUGAGGACAUAGAGGCUGGAGCAGUGAAGAGAGGGGGAGGGAGAAAGAGGAGAGAGAGAGAGGAUGUGCCACAAGUGUUGCUGUAUGACAGGGCCUGCAUGUUUGCUUGUGAGACAGACAUGCAGACAGAAUAGCAAUGUAUGAAGACCUGUCCAUCAGUGUGUGUGUGAGUGUGUGUGUGUGUGUGCCUGUGUCAAAUUUGAAAUCCAUCGUUUUCCACAUUGUGCGUGCGUGCGGGCACACACACACACACACGGCCCCCCUUUUCCUUUCCAGGCAUACAUCGUACAGAGCAGCAAGUCUGCCCGAGCGCAGCACAGAGAUGCACAGCUGACGAAUCACUCCGCGCAAGUAGUUCCCAAUUUAUGUGAUUGUACGAUAGCAGGUACACUUGAUUUUUUGUUGUUGUAAACAUUUCAAUUUCAGACAUCUACUAUUCCAGUAUACAAUGUAGGGUUGGAUUAAAACCAGCACUGUAUUUGUGGGCCAACAUUUUAAAUAAAAUUAUGAUCUGUCUCUACAUCAACGAUUGAUUAGACGCGAAUGCAUCUAAAUUGGACCAAAUAACACAUUCGAGGCAACAGCAAGCAAGUGUAUUUGCCCCACAACAAGCCAUCUUUUGUAUGUCUGUCCAACUUGCACAGGGGACUACUUUUCUGCUAUUGAAGUUAGUUAGGGAGAGGCGAGGAGCAAUCCGACGGUUGCGGAUGUACACCUCUCCCCUCCGAGGCCUGGUUAGGUUCUCCCGGCACACUCUCCGCUUCUCUACGUGCAAGCGGUUUUAUUGUAUACGCGAAGACCCACUUAGGCAACAAAUGAAUGAAAAUUAAGCCGUUUUGAAGGUGAAGUUUAUUUUUGUUUUUUUUCCUAGUUAAGCGUCCUAUUAGCUGUGGAGAAAGCCAUAGCUAAGUUUUGAAUGAGAGAAAAACGCCCGAGGACCACAAAAUAGGCAGUAUGCCCUCAGUGAUGGAGCGGUCGGGGAGCGGCGUUCUGUCUAGGAGCAGGGCUAAAACCAAUGGAAACAACCAACACUCGGAGGAGGACAGCAGCGAUGAGGAGCACGCUCACGACAGUAUGAUUCGAGUGGGAGGAGACUACCAGGCACAGAUACCUGAGUUAAACCCAGACACUCCAAGCCGCUACAAUGAGAAGGAGCAGAGGAGUAUGCUGGUGUGGUGCCCCAACAGCCUCAUCUCUGACGCCAUGUUGGAUGAGUAUAUUCUGAUGGCUAAAGAGAAGCAUGGCUACAACAUGGAACAGGCCCUGGGGAUGCUGCUGUGGCAUAAACAUGAUGUGGAGUGUUCCCUUGCUGACCUGGCUAACUUCACUCCCUUUCCUGAGGAGUGGACCGUAGAGGACAAGGUCCUGUUUGAACAGGCCUUCAGCUUCCAUGGCAAGAGCUUCCAUCGUAUACAACAGAUGCUGCCUGAUAAGCUGGUCUCAGGCCUGGUCCGGUACUACUACAGCUGGAAGAAGACCAGGACCAGAACCAGUGUUAUGGACCGACAGGCUAGAAGACUGGUCAGAAAGACAGACAAGGAAGAUGGUAAUGAUGAGAUAGAGGGAGACCCGGGCAGCGAUAGCGACUUUGAGAUCGACACCAAGAAAGAGACAGUGAAGCAGCAGAGCUCCAGUGGUUCUGGAGGAGAGAGGGGAGCGCCAGGCCGGUCUAACCCACAGAGGAAGGAGUCUGUUGGGGCUCAGUACCGCCACCACCCCCUGAGAGCUCGUCGGAGACCACCUAAAGGCAUGCAUCUGAACCCCAAGGACAUCAUGGCUGUGUCAGCCAAUCACCACCAUGGCUCUGGCAGACAGCUAGACACACACCUGGUGUCACUCAAGAGACGGGUCCAGAGUAUUAAGCAGAACAACAGUAGUAUGAAACACUGUCUAGACGAGGGCAUCGACAACCUGCGUCCUACAGGGCCAGCUCACAAGAUGAACUCUCGUUGGUCCACUGAGGAACAGCUGCUGGCUGUGCAGGCUAUCCGUCGCUAUGGCAAGGACUUUGCGGUGGUUGCCGAGGUAAUCGGCAACAAAACUCUGGCCCAGGUGAGCUCCUUCUUCGUUAGUUACCGGCGGCGAUUCAAUCUGGACGAAGUCGUCAAGGAGUGGCAGGCGGAACAAGAAGUAGCCUCCACACAGGGGCCUUGUGGGAGUCGUAGUAGGAACGAAGAGAGGGGAGGAGCAGAGGAGGAGGAAGAGAUAAAGCUAGAAGACGUUACACCUCCCGGCGGUGACGCCAACUCCCCCUCUCCCCCCUCAUCCAACAACCACACCCCUCCUCCUUCCCUCUCCCAGCCUCCCCCCUUACUGCGCCCGGCUCCCCCCUCUGCCCCCCCCAGCCUCCUCCGGCAGCCCCCCCCGCUCCAGACCCGACCCCUCCAGACCCGAACCCCCCACAAUCAUCCCCCUCCCCCGUUGAUCCGUCCUGCAGUUGCGACUCCGGGCCAACAGGGGAGCUCUAGUCACCGUAGGGAACUAGGAAACAACCUCCGCUCCUCUCCUCCUGCUUGCUCUGGCGCUGGUCAGCCUCCCUCACUGGUAGGGCUCAAAGUAGAGCAAACCAACUCUCACUGACAGAAAGGAGGGGACUCUUGUAUAUUUAGGGGGGGGGGGGGGGCUCUUGUAUACUCAGACGGGUAGAUUGUGCUGCGUUUAUCCAUUAUGGUGGAACAAUAGACAUCAGAAUGCAGUAGUUGAGUUCAAAGCCUCGCCAGUCUGUUAUGUUCAGAAGCCUCUCGUUAAGUCCUCUCUGUUAUCACUCCGUUCUGACUCACACUCUUAACCAACGACACAACCUGUGAAUAACCAUACUUCCAUCUGAGGCUUGGGUCAUCCAUCCUUCUGUUCCCGCCCCCCCCUCUUCUCAGCAGAAAAUAGAAGGACAUGCCCACACAUGCCUCACGGCUGUCUCCGUAGCAGCCAGCACAGAUGUGACUGGUUACCCACGGCAACGGUGACCCUGUAUUUCACCCAUCCCUCCUCCCCAAAGAACAGAACUUUCAGAAUACCAAAACCCUCAAGGAAAAAAAUACACUGGAUUGUGGUGAUGGAUGCCAUGACAACAGAACCCCACAGUCUCCAUGGCAACAGCAGAACGAACUCUGGCAAAACACACCCAGGUUCCACUUCUACACUACAAGGUGCUGAACUAAUGAUUCCACAGGGGAAUCAGGAAGAAGACAUCCCUCUUCUACCAAAUCCACGUAUUGUUGGUCUUAUGACUGCAGCAUUCUUUUGUUAGGUGAUCUCUAAGUAGGUAGACAUUCCUAUAUAGUGCACUACUUUGGAUCGGAGCCCAUUUUGACCAAAUCCCUAUAGAUCCCGGUCCAAUGUAGUGCACUAUAAAAGGGAAUAGGAUACAAUAUGUAAUCCAAGGCCCAUGCAUUUCUCCAUUCUAAGUAGCAUGCUAUAUGGAACAGAGACCUGUUUUUGAUUAAAAGCACACAAAAAAAAUACAGUCUCAAAUGGCAGCUCUAUUUAGCUCUGGUUACAGUUGUGUGCUAUGUAAGGGAUAGUACUGUACAUACUGUGCAAUUCACAGGUGUCUGAGAACAAAGUGUGAAGCUGAACGACUCGUAGGGCUGGAUUCAAGCCGUAUGGAGGGAAGAUCUGCAUUACAAAGUCAUUUCUGAGGCCUCCCGAGUGUCGCAAGGCAGUGCCACUAGAGAUCCUGGUUCAAGUCCAGGCAAUGUCGCGGGCGGCACUCAAUUGACCCAGCGUCGUCCGGGUCAGGGAGGGUUUGGCCGGCAGGGAUAUCCUUGUCUCAUCGCGCACUUGCGGGCUGGGCGCACUGCACGCUGACACGGUCGCCAGGUGUACGGUGUUUCCUCCAACACAUUGGUGCGGCCGGCUUCCUGGUUGGAUGGGCAUUGUGUCAAGAAGCAGUGUGGCUUGGUUGGGUUGUGUUUCGGAGGACGCAUGGCUCUCGACCUUCGCCUCUCCCGAAACCGUACGGGAGUUGGAGCGAUGAGACAAGAUUGUAACUACCAAUUGGUGGAGAGAAAAAAACAAACAAACAAAAAAGUCAUUUCUGAAUAUGCAGCGUUGCGUUUUUUUUUAAAAUUUCAAAUCGAGCGAUAACGCAGAUCUUUCGUGAUACGUCUGGCACCCAAUUCCCUACAUAGUGCACUACUUUUGACCAGCAUGGGGUGCCAUUUGGGACAUAGAUUUGAAUACUUUGUGGCCUACUACAAAUGACUUGACUGUGUUUAGUAAAACAACCUUCACCAAGUUUGAGACUGGAUUUGCUUGUUAUUCUUUUCAGGAUAUUUUCUUUUGGAAUAAAACAAAAAUUACAACCA